UGUAUUUGUGAACAUUUUCCCAAAUUUUUUUGAUCCAUGUUUACUUCAGAAAUAUGUAAUACACAGGGCUGGUUUUAUUGUCAUCAUUUUAUAGAUAAGAAUUUUGAGUCCAAGUCAAGUUACUUGCUCAACUCUUCUAAUCCUCAGCCACCCUCCAGCUUUCUGUGUCUUACUAGUUUACACAUAUGAAGUGUGAUGUCAACAGAAUACAUUAGUAUAACAUGAAUUGCACAUCCUGUUUCAGAAUUAUCUAAUUAGGGGUUUUAUUCUCAAUACAAAAUUAAGAUUCAGAGUAUAUUACUUGAGCACGAUUUUUAAAAUACAGGUCGAAGUAAAGUUCUUUUUACAGGAUUUUUAUCUAUCUACAUUUUUUUUUGUCAGUCUUCCCUAAAUAAAGCUAAGCUUGAAGAAAGAAAGCUGAGGGGGUGGAAUUCAAAAAUAGUUUCUUGUCUCAAGCACCACACAUUGAUAUGAUGAUGAUACAUUGUACUGUUGCCAUUUUUUCACUGAAUCAGAGGUGGUAGGAAAUUAAAUGGUUUAAAUUGCAGCAGAAGAAUAUAUGUUAGAUUCUAGGAGUAUUAUGCCGAUUGUAACCACUCUAAGGAAAGUUAUUGAGGUGAAGGAAAGGAAUUGGAGAAACAAAAAUACCAUGUUACUUUGUGUAGCGUUUGCAAAUUGGCAAAUAUACUAGGUAAUAUUUUGGAUCUUAGUAAAUGAUUUACUUGAAAUAUGAACCAAGUUUUAUGAAAGAGUAAAAUUCUUCUAGCAGUGUACCCAUAUCAUUAAAGUAAUACUUUAAGCCAUAUUUAUCACAACCUUUUUAAAAACCUGUGUGAAAAAAUAAUGUUUACUUCCCAAUAAAACUUACAUAUUUUUGAGAAAAACAAACGACUGAAUAUAGACAAUGUGUUCCAAUAGCAGAUCAAGGCAUUAUGCCUUAUAAAAUGGAAUGAAAUUGGUAUUUUAAUAUUCUUUUGCUUCAUAUAAACAGUGAGAUGAUAUAAUAUACUAAAUAGUUACUUUUCUGAAAUGAAUCAUUAUUUUCUUUGGAUCUUGCAUUAAUGAUUUAUAGGGAUUUUUCUUAUAAACUUUCAAUGUCUUUCAAGAUUACAAUAUGGACUUAUAUUAUUUCUUGCUUAUUUCUUUGUUUAUUUUUGCUCUUGAUACAAUUAUAUAUACUUUCUUUCUAUCUCUUCCUGCAUCCUACAUUGCUCUGAUCAGGCAAUUCUUUGAAAUCAUAGUCACUGUUCAAGUGCAAGAUGGUUAUUAAAAGAUGGUAAAGCUUCUCAGAUAUGGCCAUAAUAAAAUAAGAGCUAGAGAUGGUGAUGAAAUCGUCUUCGGCAAAAGUAUAUCUUUGUGCAUCCCUGUACAUCAGCUCAAUCUCUUACUCCGCCCAUGAGACGGUGACCUGCAAUCUUAUCCAUCUUUUCUCACUUGAGGAUAAAAGUCACUAUUAUGUGUGUUGGUCUUUUGCUUUUUGGUGUAUUGCUUUUUUGAAAAAGUAUGUGAUACUCAGUUUAUAUUCUUCGUCCACUUGUUUUUUAUUUUAUUACAUAUUGACAAAUUAUAUGUAUUUGGGGGCACAGAGUGAUGUUCUGAUAGAUGUAUACAAUGGGGAAUGACUGAAUUAAGUUAAUUAAAUGUCUAUCACCUCAAAUACUUAUCAUUUAUCCCUUCUACUGAACUUUGACUUUGUACCCUUUCACCAACGUCUUCCUGUUUCCCUCAGAUCCCAGCUUCUGGUAAACACAAUGGGAUAUAAUUCAGCCUUAGGAAAGAAGGAAAUUCUGUCUUUUGCAACAAUAUGGAUGAAUCUGGAGUAUAUUAGGCAAAAUGAGAUAAGUCAGGCACAUAAAUACAAAUAUUGCAUGUCUAUUUUCUUGAGGGCCUUCGUACUUUUCUAGUGGGUUUAUCUAACCUUUAAGUAUUCAGUUAUUAACUCUUUCCUGUCAUAUUGCUACAGCUGCUAUGUUCAUUAUUGUUUACAUUUUCCUCUAACCUGCAUCUAGUUGUCAAAAUUAUUCAUAGUCUGUGUAUGAUUGUGUAGGUGUGUUUAUGUAUAUGUAUAGCUAUGCAUGCAUAUAGAUACAGAUUUUACUAUUUUCGAUGGAAUGUUUCCAUUUUAGUAUCUAACCCAAUAAUAUCUUUAACAGUAAUCAAAUUAAUGCAAAAUAAAGGCCUAAAAAUAUAUGUAUGCAUCUAGUUUUUUCUCUUUACAUUAGCCUACCCAAAGAUAUAAAAUGACAAUGCAGUCAGAAAAAUUGGCACAGUGUUCUAGGAAAAUAAUUUAUAUGUAUGAAUCAAGUUAAUCUAGUGAAUAUUGGAGCCAAUAUUGAUUGACUCCCUAUAUAGGUAUCCAUGGAAAGCAAGUGACAGAAAAUAUGAAUAAGGAUAUCUGCAUGAAAACGUUUUAGUUAAAAUAUAAUCUGUAUCAUGAGGACCCUAAAAUUUCUAUAUCCAUUCAUGACUUCUCCUUUGAAUCCAGACUUAUAUAUUUAACUGUCUGUUUGGCAUUUCUGCUUAGAUAUCCAACAUAAGGAUGUGGAAAAUGAUACAGUCUUGGCCCUCCUUCAACCUGUUCCUCUUGCAGUCUGCCCCAUCUCACUAAAUGGCAUCACCUUUCUUCCAGCUGCUUAAGCCAAAACCCUGACACCAUCUUUGACCUUUUGAUUCUCUUACCCCCCACUGUAAUCUAAUAACACAUUCAGAAUUUAUCGCACCUCCACUGCAAUACUCUGCCGUUGGUCAUUAUGCCCUUACCUCUUCUAUUGCAGUAGUUUCUCAACUUGCAUCUGGGCUGCCGACUUGCCCAUUUAGUCUGCUCCAACCCAGAAGCCGAAGUGAUCUAAAGACUCAAAUUCUACCAUGUGUUACUCUGUUUAAAACCUUAUAGUGACUUCCGCAUCUCAUUUAGAGUAGAAGUAGCCAAGCCAUUGCAGUGACUUUAGAGGCCUGCAAAAUCUUCCCUCCUGGGAUAUGUCUGAUCUCAUCUCUUUCUUGUCUUCUCUUCAACCAGUGUGACCUCCUGCUGCUCCUGGAACAGGCCAGGGACACUUUUCCCUAGGACUUGUGCCUAGGAAGCUCUUCCUCCCUCCCCCAGCCACCUCAUUUCAGGAUUAUUUGUUCUCUAACCUCCCUGAGGUGUUUGUUCGAAUAUCUCCUGAGUGAAGCCUUCUCUGACCGCCUCAAGCUAAACGUGUGUCCACCCUCUGACCCUUUUCCCCCAACUUCCCAAUAUAUUUUGUUUCCCUUUAGCUUUCACCUCUGUCUAAUAAACCAUAUGUUAUCAUGUUUAUAUUUUUGUUUUUAUAACUAGGAUAUAGGUUCUCUGAGAGCAGGGUUUUUUUGCCAGUUGCUUCCAUGCUAUCUCUCAGGAUGCAAAACAAUGUCUGAUACAUAGAAGGCCCUCAAUAAAUAUUUGUUGAAAUGAAGUAUGCUGUGAACAGUUGUGAAAAAUUAUAAACAGUCAUCAGUAAACAAUGUUCAGUACUAAGGGUCUGGCUUAAAAGUCUAUGAGCGUUCAUGGGAUAGAAUAUUAGGUGGUCAAAGUUUCUAAUAACAGAAGUUAACAUGCUAUUACCUUAAGUGGAAAAGCUAAGUAUACAAUAAUAUAUAUAACAUAAAGUCCCUCAUGAUUGAAAAAGACAGCCUGGAUAGGAAUAUGCUAAAGUUCUAACAGGUCAAUCUAGGUAGUAAGGGUGAAUUUUAUUCUGCUUCUUGAUAUAUUUUCAUGUCCUUCCCAAAUUUUCUUCAGUGAGUUGAGCUUCCUUUUAUAACCAGGAAAAUAUAACAUCAUCAACAACAAAAACCCCCAAAGAUUCUGCAAUUAUUUUUAAAAGACCGAUUAAAACAAACAAAAUAACUCUGACAUUUGCUUGGCCUUUUUAAAAUCAUGCAUCAGUUGAGUCCUACAAUUACUGGGCAUUUUCUUUGUGCCAGGCACUGUGGGGAAUAUAAAGAUGAAAGUCCCUUUCGUGACUUUAAGAUGUCAGGUAAGAGAGCAAGGACACCUUCCCUCAGUGAAAAGGGACCAUAAUGCAGGGUGUGAAAAAAGUUCAAGCAAGUGUCAGAGGACCAGCUGAGCUACUGAGAACAAGAUCGUUCCUCUUGUUUUGAGAAUUUUUCAAUCAAAGAAGGAUCCAACCCAAUUAAUUACAUGUUUUGCAUAACAGCAUGUAUUAUGUAUCAUACUCAAAAUUCACACUCAAGAGCCUUGAAAUUAUAGGUGUUAGUACCUAGGCAUAACAAAUAGGUAGAUAAUAUACUACUCUAACCAGAACCAUAUCCGCAUUAAUUAAUCCCCAAACACCCAGUAUGAAUCAUCCACUGUGCUGGUGCUGAGAAUACAAUGCUAGGUAAAACUCAAUCUCUUUCCUCGAGGGAUGAAUGGACCAAUUUAAAAACAAAUAGGCGCCUGGACAUAUUAAAUACAGAUUGGUAGGUGAUACAAAAUAGAAAUAUUCAGAGAGACUUUGGUUGUGAAAGCCCACUUGGGAUGGGUUUUUCAUUGACUGAUUUGACAAAGGAUUUCCACAGAAGGUAACAUUUGAAUAGAGAAAUAAAAUACAAUUAGUAAUUUACUAACAUAAGGAAAAAGUCAUGAUAAGAACUGGAGAAUGCUAUCAAUUUUUUUCUGGAAAGAAGAAAGAUCCUGCAGAAGUCACAACUGGGAGAGAGGGAACACACACGUGCCUGUCUGCCUGUCUACACUGGGAACCAGAAGGACUGGAGGAUUGAAAGGAGGUGGGAUGACACGAGAACAAUACAUACUAGCAACCCAACAGAAUAACCUGCCAAGGACUGAGAAUGCACAACUUUAUCCAGUGGGAAUUUAUGGAUGGCGAAAGAGGUGCUUAUACUUCUUUGUCCUUCUGCUGUUGGUUACCAUGAUAGUUAACUUAGCCAUGACAAUAUGGAUAUUGAAAGUUAUGAAUUUCACUGUGGAUAGUCCACUGGUCUUACAGUCUGACAGGAAUGUAACAGUGAAUGCAAGAAAUCACAUGGGGCAGUUAACUGGACAGCUGACCAUAGGAGCUGAUGCUGUGGAAGCUCAGUGUAAGAGAUUUGAAGUGAGAGCCAGUGAAGAUGGCAGGGUGCUGUUUUCUGCAGAUGAAGAUGAGAUUACCAUUGGUGCUGAAAAGCUGAAAGUUACAGGCACUGAAGGAGCCGUAUUUGGGCACUCUGUGGAGACGCCGCACAUCAGAGCAGAGCCAUCCCAAGAUCUCAGGCUUGAAUCACCCACCAGAUCCUUGAUCAUGGAAGCUCCUCGUGGGGUCCAGGUGAGUGCUGCUGCAGGAGACUUCAAGGCCACCUGCAGGAAGGAGCUCCAUUUGCAAUCUACAGAAGGGGAGAUAUUUUUAAAUGCAGAGACAAUCAGGCUGGGAAAUCUACCAACUGGCUCCUUCUCAUCUUCUUCACCCAGCUCCUCAAGUUCUCGGCAGACAGUGUAUGAACUCUGCGUCUGCCCCAGUGGUAAACUGUACCUUUCUCCAGCAGGAGUAGGUUCCACUUGUCAGUCCAGUAGCAACAUCUGCUUGUGGAGCUGAAGUGACUGAUUUCUCCUCACACCAGAAUAGCCUUUUGUUCCUGUCCGUCUGCUUCACAGUUCUGCUCGGUUUCCCUUGUGAUCAGUCCAGAGCUUCUUUGAAUGGUCCACAGAGCUGCUUCCAGUGUGAGCAGGGAUUCGCCACCACCUUCUCUUGUGAUUUACUGUACUGCUCAACGCAGAAGGUGUGAUUGACACAGCAGUGGAAAAAGCGUCGUCAGCAGGAAAACUGGAUCAAGACUUUUGCUCAAAAGGGAGAAUAACAUAGGUGCCUUUGCUACGCGAAGUGAAGCACACAGUUUUAGAUUUUUGCAGGAACGGGAUAUGAACUGCACAUAUACACAUUACAUAAAUGAAAUUCCCAGUAUCCAAUGGCAAGAUGAAAUGGUUAACCCUGUAAGAAAACUUAUUCUACAGUCUGAAAGCACAAUUUUCCAUUCAUCUUUUUGGAUGUAAACUUUUAUCCCCAACUUUUAAAAUUUUAAAGCAUUAUGUAAUGCUUGCUUUACUAAAAAUUAAAUUCAAUACAUGGUUUUUAACAAAACAAAACAAAACAAUACAGAAUCUCUCCCUGAGUUGUUUCUUUAAUUUCAGUGUGUUGUUACUCUUUGUCUACUAAGUCUAGAAUUUUGUACAUUAGGUAAUUUUGAAAGCACUCAGCAAUAUAUUCUUUACAGAAUUAACAAAAUGCCAUUAUAAUGUCAUUUGUCAGAUCUGGAUGGCCUUAUAUAGUAUUUACAUGGCUACUGCAUGUGACGUAUUUGCUUUUAACAAAACAUCUAAUUUACUGCAAUAUAAGAUAGGAUUAAGAAGGACAUAUUGAUGGUAUUAAAUCCAUAGAUCAUUUUUUAAAAACUCACAUGCUAUCCUUGCUAUCCUUUACACCUAGGUUUUAAGAGUAUAAUUUUUGUUUGCUCCACUCACUUUACACUUGAUUCUGACUGCUAAAAUUCAGACAUCCUCUAAAUAAAUAAUACUAAUGUGACGCAUAAUGUUGAGAAUAAAUUCACUUUCCAUUGGGGUAUCAUCUUCAGAAUUAUUCUCCAUUUCUUUUUUACUGGAGGUUAGGAUUUAAAGAAGUUAGAAGUUAACUUAAAAUUUCUUGACUAAACAGUAAAAAUGACAAAUGCUAAUAAACAUUGAAAAUGUGUUUACUUCACUAGAUUCAUAUUUUAGGGAAUUUACUCCCAUUUCUAUUCAGCUGUUAACAUGUAUUUACUUUUAUUAGAUUCUUAAACUACAUGGACCUCAAAAAUUCUAGUUCUUUUCAUUUUCCAAUGCUUAUUUUUGUAUAUGACCUCUUAGUAAACAACUGCAGAAUAUUGAAGAUUCAUUUAUCACAAUACCCCUUAACUCAAAUUCUUGAAACUUACAGAGUCAAAGAAUGUAAAACUGUAUUAAAUAUUUCCUAUUAUGGGAAGAUGACUUAAUUACUAUAAGGUAAGUUCUGAAUUUUCACAUGUCAAUCAACUUUUUUCUCCCGCAUGCACACUAUCAACAGUUGUGUUGAAACUUCCUUUUGGGGAUUAACGGCUGUAGAAUCUUUGGAGUUCAGGUCUUUACAGCUCAGAGUGAACUGGGAGAUUAGAACUUGUUGCAAAAGAUGUGGUUAGUGAAAGUAGAAAUAUUGGCAAUGCAAGAAGAAAAGUGAAACAUUUGACCAGAAUUACCUUGUUUGCAUAACCUAGCAUAUCAAAUAACUGAAAAAGCUCGUGUCCACUGUACUCAGCAAAAGGGUUCAAAGGCUAAUUUACUUUUAUUAUUUUUAAAAUAAAAUGUGGCUUAUAUUUGGGUGUUAUUAUAUAAGUUUUAAAAUCAAUAUUGAAAUAAGAAUUAUGAUAUACAAUUGCUUACAAAGUUAUCUGAUAACACAAGAGUUUAUAUUAAAAUAAGAGAAUUUAAGAAAUCUCACAUUGGUCUUUGCGAAAUAAAGUAUAAUACAAGAAAUGUUGAGAAAUUAUGUGUGCUAAUCACUAUAUUAUGGACUUUUAGGGAAAACAUUAUGUAGUAAUUUAAGACAUAAUCAAGUUCUAAUCAUCCUUCUAUUAAAAUCAUUAGAAACUUUCUAAGUCAAAUGGGAAUAAUUCUUUUGAGUAGGAACUGGCCUUGUUUCUAAUCUCAGCUGUCUUCUAAUCAAUUGAGCUGUUUUAGGCAGUUUGAGAAUCUCUCCAGGCUUCAGUUUACUCAACUUUACAGCAAGAGUAUUGAAUAAAAUAGUCUCUUGGGGUUCCUUUCUAUUCCAACAUGUUCUAAUUUCAAGUACAAAUAUUACAGAGGGCAAAAGAGAAAACUGAAAAUUUAAAUUAUAUGUCAUAAGAGGAGAAAAGAUGAAAAAAAUGUAAAAACCAAUUCCAGUGAGGGGCUGUCACAUUUUUAAUUCAAAUGUAUUCUGAAAAGUAUAGACACAAUUCAAAACUAACUUACAAGCUUGAGAGCUUUAGACUGUAUCCAGAUGAUGUAACAAAUCUAUUCAGUACAGCAGACAAAAUAGUGAUAGCGAUGGUUUUCCUAUUCAACACCAAGUAAUUGCUUUAAGUUAUUUGACUCGCUGUUUCAGAUUUCUGAACCUAAGAGAAGAUCCCUGCCUCAGAGAGAUCAAGCCUAUGGUGAAGGCUUAGAAGAAUGGCCCCAAAUGUCCUUGUUUUCCUCAUUCAAACACAAAAAAGCAUUAAAAAAAAAUACAGUGGCCCCUUAAUUGCACACUACCCAAACAGAUUGUUUUCCCAGUACCAUCUUUAUGUUACAAUAUGUAAAAAUAUAAUGCAGUUUACUUAUAUGAUAUAAAUUUCAUCUUCCCCAAAUGGCACUGAGAAAAAUGAAUCCUUUAUAGUGUACUACAUGGAUGUGACUAAGCUUAUUACCCAUAUCUUAAUAACUUCAUACUCAGUGUAGUCUAGGAAGGAACAAAGGGAGGAAGAAAAAGAGGCUGGUAGUACUGCUAGCAUUUAAGUUAUUUGCCGGGAAUGGAUAAACCGAGAUGUAUUUGAAUUCAGGUUUGGGGGAUCAAAAGGAAAGAUGCAAAGAAGACACAUUAUUCUUUUCUUUUUCAGAAGAUUUCAAUUAAAAACUUCAAAAAAACAGCAAGAGCAACAAAAACUUCCAAAUUUCCUACUUCUCUUGUUCAACAUUUCCAAAAUUUCUAUCCGGUACUUAUUAGUCAUACACACACAUACACACAUAUAUAUGUCUAAAAUAUAUGUAUUUUAUUGUGAAUGAUAUGCUUUAUAAUUUGUCAUAAUUAUCUAAGAGUUUAAGACAAUUAUACACUUCAAAUUUUACUGCAACUUGGGAAUCUCAGAUUACAGUACUUCAAAUCUAGGAAAAUGGAGCCAGCAAAUCCAGUUCUAGUUCUGCCCCUGGCUAGUCAUGUGAACUUACCUACUUAAGACACAUAUUUAAUUACGUUGGUCACAGUUCAAUUAUCUGUGAGAUGGAUAAUAUCAAACUAGACAUUUCCUUUAGUCACAUUCAUUUUUAAAUUUUUCUGAUUCAUUUAAGGAAGUACUCAUAAAUCUUAGGUUAAGUAGCCAUAUCUGAACUAGCAUUUGUGAUCUCCUUCUGCACCUUAAAAAGUCACUUAUAAAUGUUGAAAUGCAAAUCUUUUUGGCAUGCUACUUCCUCUGCUCUUUUUUAUACUCCCUUUUAUACUCUGACCAUUUGAACGUUAAGGUUCCUUUGGAAAAGUCAUGCUUGGUUAACAGGAUUCAGUAAUAUGGUUGACGUUCUAAAGGAAAAUAAAGCAUUUAGGUCUUAUUCAAAGUGACUGUUUAGGAAAUAGAAAUAUUAACCAAAUAUAAACAUUCUGUUGAUUUGUUAUUACUUCCAUAAAGCUAAAAAGCAGUGAUCUUUUGAAGAAAUGAUAAUGUGAUCACAGAGGUUAAUUGCUAAACUGUUUAUAACGUUUUAUUCCAUUCAAAAUUUCUGCAUAUUCUAUCUGAAUGACUCAAUCACAGAAUGCUUCAUUUUACAAAAAUAGCAUUUGAUACAAUAAAACUUCUAAUAAAUUGUUUCACUGCAAACAUGGUAUCUCUGUAUGAGGCAGGAAUAGCCUGGAGAGUGUCUAAGGCAUAGGAGUGUUAUAUUUCAUAGCACAUAAUGUCAAUAUAAUAAUGUCAAAUUAUUAAAAUCAUUGAAAGUAUUUAAUGGCCAAAUUUUCUGUAAAAACCAUCAAAGCCAAAUUCAUAUUUGAGUUUUAUAUGACAGCGGUCUUGUCACCUAAUUCUUCAAGUAUCUGUGGUCUAAUAAGAAUUGUUCAUGUGAUCAUAUUUAAUGACAUAUGGAGAAAUUAUUUGCUGUAUGUACUGGUGUAUGUUACAGUAAUGAAUACUGCAAAAUAUCAUUAUCACAAAGGAAAAUUGCAUUUGUAUUCAUUUUAAAUAAUCGUAAACUAAUUGAUAACUUAAUUGAACACUAUUGUUAAUGUUGUUUUAUACUGCAAUUUAUUAGUUGUUUAAAUGUCAAAGACCAAAGAAUGGGAUUUCUACUGUAUUUAGCUCGAAAACAUUGCUGCUCCUAGUAAUAUAUUCAAAUGAAUAGGGGGGCUUGUAAUUAUAAGGUAGUUAACAUCCUUCUUGGAGGAUUCUGAGCUGUAGAAAUUAAGAGAUGCUUUUGUUUCAGAAGGGAAACAUCAUUAGUGUGGUCCACUUUUCUUUUAUACAUGCAUAACAAACUCCUUAGUAUUCAUAAAACCUAUACACAAAGACCAUAUCCCAAAAUGGGCCCAGCAUGGAUCUACUCAGCUGAGUUUAAACUUUCACUACUUGCUGAACAUUAUUUGGAGAAUAAAAUUAAUUUGAAAUACUUGUAGAACCAGAGGGCUAUUUUUUAAUUGUUAACUGAGGUGGCUCUGCAUUUUGAGAAAGCCAAUGAAAACCAUUAAAUGAAAUGAGGUAUAAUGAACUGUAGUUCUUUUUUGUCUUUUUCAGUCAAUAUCUCAUUUGUUUGAAUAUUUAUAAAUAAAAGCCAAACAGGGUUAAAGAUAGACAAGGACAUUCAUUAAUAAUGGAGAUGUGUAAUUUGGAGUUUGAGUGUCUCGUUAUUUAUACAAUUCUUUAAAUCAGGUCCACUAUUCAUUUAUUUUGUUUUGUACUUUCAUGUAAAUGUUUUCUUGUAUAUAUAGAUAUAUGAAAAAUGGAACUAUUUUCUUACACAUACUAUGCAACAUGUUUGUAAAAUUGCAAUAUUACCAAAAUUACAAAAGCUGUGCUUUUGUAUUCUAUCUUGCUUUAUGUAAAAAUCACUUUUUCUAUUUAAACGGACUGUCUGUCCUAUAAACUGUAGAUAACAUAUCUAUUCAAAAAUCAGUCUAUUGUAUCUUUUGUUUAGAUUGAACUUAAUUGGGGUAUAUUUUGGGGGAGAGAAAAAUGCAGCAAAGUUUUGGCAGUUGGAAACCUUUUUUUCUUUGACAUGAGACCUUUUGAAGCAUGCAAUGAGCUCAUAUAAUUUAAGAUCUCCCCUGUGAUUCUUGUAAUUUGUCCUAAUUUUGGUGCUACUAUGUAAACAUGAUUAAAUGUGAUAGUCAAAACA